GGAGUUUAUUAAAGAGGAGAGUGAAGACAUGAAGAUUGAAGAAGCAUUCAGAGUCAAACAAGAAGACACUGAGGAACAAAUAGAGCUGAAGACACUGAAAGAGGAGAGUCGAGAACUGAAUGAAAUGGAAGAGAAAAAUCUGUACAUGAAACAUGAUUUCAUUAUUGGAGAAAAAUCUACACAGACAGAAAAGACUUCAUCACAAAAAAGAGCUCUGAAUACAGAAUCUAACAAAUGUUUUACCUGCCGUCAGUGUGGAAAGACUUUCACUCAAAAACCAAACCUCAAUGUCCACAUGAGAACUCACACUGGAGAGAAACCUUUCACCUGCCAACAAUGUGGGAAAAGUUUCACUCAAAAAGGAAACCUUAAAGUCCACAUGAAUAUUCACACCGGAGAGAAUUCUUUCACCUGCCAACAAUGUGGGAAAAGUUUCACUCAAAACGGAGCCCUUAAAAGGCACAUGAGAGUUCACACCGGAGAGAAGCCUUACACCUGUCAACAGUGUGGAAAGAGCUUCACAACUGAACUAAACCUUAGGUAUCACAUGAACAUACACACUGGAGAGAAGCCAUUCUCGUGUGAUCAGUGUGGAAAGAAAUUCAAACGUAAAGUAACCCUUACUUGCCAUAUGGGAAUUCACUCAAAAGAGGACAGUUUUAAAUGUCAUGACUGUGGAAAGAGUUUCAGUCAUAAAGUAAACCUCAAGAAUCACAUGAGACUUCACGCUGGAGAGAAGCCUUACAUGUGUGUUCAGUGCGGAAUGAAGUUCACAUAUAAAGCAGCCCUUAAUGCCCACUUGACAACUCACACUGGAGAGAGUCCUUAUACCUGCAAACUGUGUGGGAAGAGCUUCACACGAGAACUAAACCUCAAGUAUCACAUGAAUAUUCACACUGGAGAGAAGCCAUUCACAUGUGAUCAGUGUGGAAAGAGUUUCAGACGUAAAGUAACUCUUAGUCAGCACAUGAGGAUUCACUCAAGAGAGAACUGUUUCAUAUGUGAUCAGUGUGGAAAAAGUUACACAAGCAUGAAACGCCUAAACAGGCAUGUAGUAAGUCACUCUGCAGAGAAAGUUUUCAAAUGCCAACAGUGUGGAAAAAGUUUCAGUCAUAAAAUAAGCCUUAAGGCUCACAUGAGACUUCACACUGGAGAGAAACCUUACACGUGCCCUCAGUGUGGAAAGCGUUUCACUUAUAAACCAUCCCUUGAUUACCACAUGAGAGAUCACACUGGUGAAAGGCCUUAUAUAUGCAAACAGUGUGGAAAGAGCUUCUCACAAAAAGGAAAUCUGAAGACUCACAUGAUAAUUCACACUGGAGAGAAGCCUUUUAAAUGCCAGGACUGUGGAAGGUGUUUUAAUCGUAAAGUAAGCCUUAAGACUCACAUGAGAAUUCACACUGGAGAGAAGCCUUACAGAUGCCUCCAAUGUAAAAAGUGUUUCACAUAUCAAGGAGCCCUGAAACGUCACUUGCGAGCGCAUUCUGGAAAGAAACCGCAGUGUUCAGAGUGUGACAAAAGUUUUACGAAAAGUAGCAAUUUCAAAAAUCACCAGGGCAUUCACUUUGGAGGAAGGCGAUUUAAUUGUGAUCAUUGUAAUAAAAAACGUCUUUUGCCAUCACACUUACAGAUACACCUGAAAAGUCACACAGAUGUGAGACGCUAUUUGUGUUCCUUGUGUGGUAAGAGGUUUAAAUGGCUCAGCAGUUUCAAAUGGCACCAGAAAAUACGGACCUGCGUGAAAUUAAGGCUCCGUUCACACCGCAGCUGAAUGUGGGCCAAAUCUGAUGACCAUUUCCAUUCUUUUCCUCUUUGUACUUUCUAUUUAGACCUUAUUUUCUUUUGUCAUGUACACAUGAACUCCUCUGAUGAGCUCUACAUGAUCAUCUCAAUUUGUAAUAUUGAGCAGUUGCCAUAGAUGCCCUCUAAUUUCGCUUGUAUGGAGGUGUCGUUCCAUUUCAUGUAUUGAUACCUUGGGAUCAAAAUAUUAGUAAUAUUAAACUUCUGUCUUGCUGUGAAAUGUGUUACGGAAAGAUUGUAAAAAAAAAAAAAAAA